GGCAGCAAAGCCUUCACCCGCUAACCCGACCACAAAACACCAGAGAAGAAGUGUGGGCGACAGCGGAUGCAGGGAGAUGUGUCUACCUGAAUCUUUUUGACCGUCAGUGGCGAUUGGCCCCCACAGCCGUCCGUCAACAUGCAAGGAUUCUACUCCAAGCUUGACUCCUCCCCCUCCUCGUCACCGCUGUUGGGUCUGGGCCUCAGGGGCGAAGGGGCUCCUGUACCCCUCAGCCUGGCUGUGGAGACAGAGAAAGCUCAGGCCCUCCUACAGACUUUCAGCUCCGCCUCCCUGCUGGCAUCUGCGGGACUCGGGAUGUUCUGCGUGGUGGCCGACCACGCCCUCCAAAUGUCGGUCAUCCAGAACCACCUGUGGCUGCGCGCCGCCCUGGACAACGCCACACACGGAUUAGUGGGGCUGUGGUCGUGGGCGGUUGUUAUUGGACUGAGGAAAAAGAGCGAUCUGUACGAGGUGCUCCUGGCUGGUCUGCUGGCGUCGAUCAUAGACCUGGACCACUUCUACAUGGCUGGAUCCCUGUCACUCAAGGCUGCCGUGUCUCUCCCUCAGCGCCCUCCUCUCCACUGCUCCUCCCUCAUCCCCGUGCUCUGUCUCUCCCUCCGCUUCCUCAUGUGGAUCGGACGCCUCAAAGACGCUUGGUGCUCCCUGCCGUGGAUGAUUUUCAUCUCCAUGGCGACGCACCACGUCCGGGAUGCCGUGCGCCACGGGCUGUGGAUGUGCCCCUUCGGCCACACGGCGCCGAUCCCCUACUGGCUGUACAUCAGCACCACGGCGACGCUCCCUCACCUGUGUUCAGUGCUCAUGUAUCUGACGGGAACCAGGGAUGUGAUCUCCACCAAACACGGGGUGGCCAUUGACGUUUAGAGGCCAGUGACUCACCAGUGUCGUCUGGUGCUGAUCCCAUGUGGCUAGAAAUCUGAGAAACAACUUUUACCUACUUGAAAUAACUGGAGGAUGUUCGUGACUGAAGUUUCGUGGAAAUUGUAUUUGAACGAUUUUGCUGGAAAGACAAAUCGAUCUUUUUCAGAUUUAUUUGUUGGAUGAAGAAACGGUUGCUAUGAGAUGAAGAAGAAAAAGAUUGAAACAGAUUAGCUUUUCAAAAUCAGGUGUCAAUCACAUUUUUCUUUUUUCUCUGCUGUUCUUCAAUAACUGUCUCUGACCUUUUAAAGCUUUGACACAUCGUUCAGCAGAGACUUGUCGGUGGCUGCUCAUCGUGACCGACACGAGGGACUCGAACUCACAAGUGUUCACAUCAUGUCUUGUGGCCCUGAACUCUUAAUCACCUCCACUACCGCGAGCCGCCCUCGUCCUUACUCGAGGAAAAGUCAACCAAAGGUCAACCACAGGCUGCUGGACACCGGCACGUGGUCAGCAGUGUCACGCUCACCACAUUUACUCCACUGUGCUUUUAAACUUCUUCGUCUGCCAUAGUAGUGAAAGUCAAUAUACUUUAAAAGUACAUUUAUAAACCGCCACAAAACAACAACAAUCAUCUGCGACUUUCACUUAAUCUCCGAUCAAGCUUUAACAGGAACCGGUUUCUGCACCUCUGAGUUGCAGCACCGGUUUUCAGUGCCAAACUUUUGAGAUGGACGAUGAUUGUGGAGUUUCUUGACCUGGUGGUUACUCCUUGUUUGUUUAUGACGUUUACAGCAUCUUGACCUAGAAUUGACUUUGUUUGAUUUAGCUGGAAACACGUCCUCAUUUCAAGGGAGAGGAGGGAGAAUUAAUCCACUUUUAAAAGAUCCUCUGUUGAAGAUGCUGUACAUUUCUUUCUUAGGCUUUUUUCUAGAUUCUUACGUUGUAAACAGGAAGCUCCAUCAUCGUUGUGUGUGUAUAUACGGAUUUGGCUCAGUUGCUGCAACAAAAGCUCUUAAGAUAAUUCAAAGUUCAACUCGGCAGGUUCUUGUGUAAUUAUUAUAAACAUUCAAGGGAGUAACUUUUACAAUAGUGUGUUCAUUGAAAGUAAUAUCUACAUAUUACAUGUUAACUUGCUGUAUGUGACCUGUUGCUAUUUUCUUCUUAUGCUACUGUACUUAAAUGAUAAUGUACAGUAGUCGGAAUUCUUAAUUGGCUUUUCAGUGAUGUCAUUCAUAAAUAUUAUAAAUCACUAAGACACAGCUGAAAUCAUUACACACUCUUCUAGAUGUAGACUGAUCACACACACACACAGUAUUGUUAAUACUGCUUUUUAAUUAGUACACAAUAAUAUGUAAUCCAGUGUAUUUAAUGGGUUUUAGAGGCUUGUACUAUUUGAAUGUACAUGAUUGAAUUAUAAAAUGGCCAAUCUUUUUUCAACUGAGACAGAUUUUAGUUUUAUGUUGAAAACUUCUCAAAUCUGAGACGAAAACAAUUUUUCAAUUUCCAUCAGAUUUUUUUCUCGUGAAGCUGUUGUAGUGGUGCUUUUUGUUCGCUAGGUGGCGGCAGUGAGCUGUAGUGAUUCUCGAUUACUUUCACUUUUGAUAACUAAAUAUAUUUUCUCUCUGUGGAGUCUUUGCUCAAAGAGUCGUGAAAUGGUACAUGAGAUUAAUUUAAUUAUAUAUUUUGUUGUUUGGGUGUUUUUAGGUUUUUCUUUUCUUAUUGUUUCGCACUUUAAUCUUUAUUUAAAUUAUGUUCCGACUAAUUUGAAUCAUCGUGUUACAGUGGAAUUAUGCAAACACAGUUCAAAGCAGAAGUUAGUGACAUGGAAACUAUUUAUUUAAUCUACUUUCACCAUCUGUAGCUCUGACUUGUACCGAACAGAAGGUACACGGAGGCUGUGGUCUCAUCCUCACCUGUGUCAUUUACUGUCAAACACAAUCUCAUUCGCUGCUGCUUAUUUUUUUACCAUGUGACCUUCAUUGAUGCAAUAUUAUGUUGGAUUUUGCACAUUUUAUGUUAUUUAUUGUUGUUGGGUUUUUUCCAGUUUUGUUUUUUCAUCUGGAGAAAAUGUGAAUAGCUUGAAGAUUUCACGCUGUGUUCUUUUUAUCUCAAUAAAAUCUAUCAUGUA